CCAGACCCUACUGAAGGGAGCACCUGCAUUUGAGGUGGCAGAGGUGCUAAAGCAUGGCUGACUUGGAUCACAGCCUCAGUCUUGCGGACGCUCUGACAGAGCCACCCCCCGAGAUUGAGGAGGAAGUGAAAAGGGACUUCAUUGCCACUCUGGAGGCAGAGAAAUUUGAUGAUGUGGUUGGAGAAACGGUAGAUAAAACAGACUAUGUUCCUCUGCUGGAUGAUGAGGAUGAGGAUACAAAAGCUGGGAGCCAAGAAGCAAAAAGCAAAGCCCACGCAGACGGUAUGCAGAUGGAACAUACUUCAGCUUCUGGGCCAACAGUUGUAGAAAAUGGUGACCAUGGAAUAGAAGAUCACCGCACAGUGUUCCCAGGAGAAAUCAUGGAUGAGAAGCUGUCUUACAAAGAGUUCCUCGACCGCCACGACUCCUGGACGAUGGAUGACAGGGACCUGUGCUUCGAGUCCCAGCCUGUCUUCAAACCCAUGGAGAUGGCUGACCCCUUCAGCAUGCACAGAGGGGAGAAUCUGCCUGAUUUAUCAUUUCCUACUGACAUGAAGAGCAUGCCCAUGUUCACAGACCAUGUUGAUGCUUCCAGAGAUGCCCACGCACCACAUGAACCUAUGGUAGUACCUGAACAACCUUUCCUGGGGCCUCUCUAUUCUCCUGCAGAGGGUUUAGACCCUGCAGCCUUCGUUGGCCUGGAUUCAACUGCAGAAUUUCUGCAGGACAGAGCAGUGCCUGAAGAACAUUGGAUGGGAGCUCAGCAUGACAUGAGGGGACCAGAUGCCUCUUUCUUUGUUGAGCCACCAGUGCCCCCAACAGUGACUGAAGCAACCAAGCCAAGUUUCCCAGAAAGCCCUGCAGCAGUGGCUCCUGCUUUUGUCCCUCCAGCAGUGACAGUGUCCCCGCGAGAGCCUGCAGCUGCUGAUGGACCAGAAGGUGCAGCAUCAGCCUGUGUCCCUGACUUGGAUGCUGUGUCCAUCUCUGCAGACAAAGCUGGGCCCACCCUUGCAGGGCACACCAAGCCUUCUCCAUCUCUGGAUCCUGGAUCUGCACCUGCAGCAGGCACCAACCCUUUUCAGGCAGCAGAUGUUGGGUUUGCUCCUCCAUCAGAAGCCAAGUCUCCUCGUGCUGUCCACACUGCACCCUCCCCAGUGGCAGAUACUGGGUUUGCCCCAGCAGCAGAUGUGGGACCUCACCACGCUGUGGAUUUGGGAUUUGCCCCAGCAGCAGAUGUGGGAUCUCACCAUGGAAUGGAUUUGGAGUUUGCCCCAGCAGCAGAUACUGAAUCUCACCAUGCUGUGUAUUCUGAGUUGGCCUCUGCAGCAGAAGUCAACCAUCAUCAUGCUCUAGAUUCUGGGUUUCCUCCUGUAGCAGAAGCCAAGCCUCUUCCUGCCAUGGAUUCUGGGUUUGCCCCUGCAGAAGCCAAGUCUCCCUCUGCAGCUGACACCAGGGUGGCUGCAUCUGAAGAGCUGAUGACUUCUGAGUCUUCUCUUGAGCAAAAGAAGUCACCCUUGGACAAGUCUCCUGCAGAGUCAGUUGCAAACGUGGAACAAGAACACAAAGUCCCAGAGGCAUGUCUUGAUCUGUUAGAGAAAGCUAAAGACAGCAAACCACCUCCCAGCCACCCUGAGGAACAUCUUCCAGAGCAGCCCAACCAUCUCUCAGAAUCAGCAGCUCCAGCAGAAGCAAAAGAAGUUGCUGCACCAGAAAACAAAGCCACCCCUGCAGAAAAACCUUCUCCUGCUGUGGAUGUCCCUGCUACAGAGCCACAGAAGGAGGAGGCUGGACACAACCACAUCCAACACACAGAGCCUCAGCAGGAGAAAAGCCUGCAGGAGCCCACAGUAAAACCAGAAGAGACCAAACCAGCUGAAGCCGUGACUGGGAACGACAUCACAGCACCUCCCAACAAAGAGCUUCCUCCCAGCCCUGAGAAGAAGACCAAGCCUGCCACGUCCACAUCCUCCACCAAGCCUGCUGCAGCGAAAGCCAAGCCCCUGGCAGCCACCAGCCCAAAGCGGCCAAGCUCUGCCGCGCCUGCCCCACACAAAAAACCCUCCAGCCCUCCUGCAGGUCCUCCAACAGCCACCGCUGCCAAACGCCCGGCCACCAGCACUGCUCGGCCCUCCACCCUAGCUCCAAAAGAGACUAAACCAAAGGUUGCAGACACGAAGACCACAGAGAAGCGGACCUCACUUUCCAAGCCUUCAUCAUCUCCCACUCCUCGGUCUGCUGCCAGGAGCUCCUCUGCUACUCCCCGGACCACGGCAGCAUCGCCGGUCACCCCGGCUGCUGGCACCAAGAGCACGACUGCUUCUCCUCCCAAGAGGCCCACCUCUAUCAAGACUGAUGGGAAGCCCACAGAUGCCAAGAAGACCUCUGCAAAGUCACCAUCAGCAGACCUGAGCCGCCCUAAGAGUGCUGCUGGGAACGCAGCCAAAAGCAGUGCCACCACUCCUUCCACCACCUCCUCCAGCGCACCCCCGUUACCUGGUGUGGCCACCAGCCGUCCCAAACCCAAGCCUGCUGCCACCAAACCCACCACAACCUCAACAUCAACAGCAGCAGAUGCUAAAAAACCACCUGCUAAGGCUGCAGCUAAACCCAGCACCAUGUCCAAGCCUCGUCCCACCAGCAGCGUUUCUGCUCCGGACCUGAAGAACGUCCGCUCCAAAAUUGGAUCCACAGAUAACAUCAAGCACCAGCCUGGUGGAGGAAAGGGGAAGGUAGAGAAAAGGCCUGACUCAGCCACUGCUGCACGGAGAGCUGAACCCCAGGGGCUCCCUAAAACAGCCACCACUAAAGAGGGGGCCCCCAAACAGCCCAAUGGGAAAGUCCAGAUAGUCUCCAAAAAAGCGAACUACAGCCAUGUUCAGUCCAAGUGUGGUUCCAAGGACAAUAUUAAGCAUGUCCCUGGAGGUGGGAAUGUGCAGAUCCAGAACAAGAAGGUUGACCUUUCCAAAGUGUCCUCCAAGUGUGGCUCUAAAGCAAACAUCAAGCAUAAGCCAGGGGGAGGAGAUGUCAAAAUUGAGAACCAGAAGCUGAACUUCAAGGAGAAGGCCCAAGCCAAAGUGGGUUCUCUGGACAAUGUGGGACACUCACCAGCAGCAGGAACCGUGAAGGGUGAGGGGAGCGCAGAGCCCGGGCAGGUGCCACUGCCCUCCCGCAACGGCGAGGUGCCCGCGCCUGGCGGUGCCCCCCGGGAGAACGGCGUGGGGGUGCCCCCUGCCCUGGCUGGUGGUGACCAAAGGGAAAUCCAGAGCUUUGAGACUCAGAUCCAAGAGACAAGUAAGUGGCUGUCACCUUCACCUGCCCUCUGCGCCAGGGCGGCAUCUAAUGAUGACAUUCUGAUUGACCCUCACCAGCUGAGGUUCCGUGAGAAGACCAAGGCUGGGCCAGACCACGGAGCGGAACUCGGCAUCUCCAACCCCCCCAACCCUUCCCAGCAGCACUUCCCAAGGCGUAGCACGUCCGGCAGCGACCGCCCGGCCUCAGCCGCCUCCUCCUCACUGCUGCAGCAGCCAGGCCCCCCUGGCAGCGCUUCCUCAGCAAGGCUUGUGCCCCCCCAGCCCCAGCUGCCACCUGCUCCCCUCCCAGUCAACAUCACUCCUGCCUGGGCUGGUGUCCCUCCCGCCCAGGCCAAUGUCCCUCUUACCUUGGCCAGUGUCCCUCCUGCCCAGACCCACGUCCCUCCUCCCGUGGCCAAUGUCCCUCCUGCCCUGGCCGAUGUCCCCCUGCCUGCACUGGCUCCUCCAAUGACCCCGGGGGCUCCCGCUGUUGUGACUCUCGGUGACGAUGUGCUGGUGACCUCUGGUGCUGCUGACCCUCAGUCCUGUCCCCGGGUCCCCACCCACCUUGGGGUGACCCAGGAGCAUGGGCUGGGGCCGCAGGGGCAGGAGGCUGGGGGCUGCCUGGCUGUGGGUCGGGGUCCUGACCCCCAACUGAAUGUAGUUUUCUACACUGAGCCUCGCUGUCGGCCCUGCGUGGGGCUUGGGGACCCUCCUCGUGUGUUCGUGUCGUUUGGGGCUGAAUGUGGGGUCCCCCUCGGGAGGCGGCAGGAGCAUGGGGACGGUGACAGCUUUGGGGUGACGGUGACAGCUUUGGGGCGACAGAAGCUCCCCUGGUGUCUAGAGCAAGAGCCGGACACGGGGCUCCGUCCUGCACCUGCCGCGAUCGUCCUGCCCCAGCACCAGCAGCCCCCGCAGCUCCCCGCAGCUCCCCGCAGCUCCCAGCACCCCACAGGCAGCGGCGGCCGCGGGCCGUGGCGGUGGGGAAGUGACAGCGGGAGGGGGCCUGAGGCGCUUGGGACCCUGCGCGGCUCAUCCCGGCCCCUUCCGAGCGCUCGGGAAGGGUCCCCAUCGGCGAGGUGGGAGGCGCUGUCGUGGUGUCCUCGGAGCUGGCCUCGGGGUCCGCGCUGGGUCGGCGUCGGGCGCUGCGCCGGCUCCUCCUCGGUGCCCAUGCAGGAGGCUCAGCCAACACUGCUCUUCUGGGAUGGCGAGAGAUGA